GUUGACGUUAAUUGUUCGCGUUUACGUGCAGUUUGUGUCGUAACGACGAACGGCAAAGUGCCUGACUGCUCUCAGAACCGAUUAAUUUAUUUGCAAUGAAAUUCAGCCGAAUAAUUUUGUGAUAGAAGUGUGAUUCAUUUCUUACGAAUUUCAGCCACUCGUCCGGUUCCAUUGCUUAUCUUGUUUCGAGCUAAUACCUGUUAAGUUUCAUACGUCAAUCUCAUCGUCAUAAUACACUACGAAAUCCGUUUGAGGAAAAGUCUCCACGCAGCAGUUUGUAUCAAUUCCAUUUCGUAAAGCAGUCUAAGACGAUCUAAGAUGAUCUGAGUAAUUCUAAGAAGAUAAUUUAAUUUCCCCGAGCAUACUCUAGUGAUGUAAAGUUUUUUAAACGAAAGCGCAGGACGAUUGAAUACCAAGCUCUAAUCAAUUCUUUUACAACAGUCUAACGGCCACGAAGAAAAUCAAUUUAAUCUCUCCGAGUUGACAUUUCUGACCGUUCACUUGAUUGAAAAUUUAUGAGACUAAACUCCACUUCUGACAAAUGCAACUCAUUCUCGGUCAAGUAGAUUUUGUGCGACAUUGUGUAUCUAGAAAAAAAAAAAGAAAAACUGCUCUGUCGCUAAAGCCCCUCGUGACAUCUUAGACGGGCACUAACGUUUGUGCUUCUGACCCUACGUCAUGCCAAAGGGGUAGGCAGCGUGUCAGUAAAGAAUGUCAGGUAGCUUACGAUUAGAUCCAGCUUUAAAACAGUAAAUAGCCUGUCGGAGGCGAUAAACCAUACCUUACGUUAGGCUAAGGCUUCAAACCUUUUCAUUUUAUCGACUGGCAGAAGAGUGUAAUAUCCACUCAUCUAUCUAUCUAUCUAUGUAUCUAUCCAUCUAUCUGUAUAUCUAGUUACCUGUCUGUCCAUCUAUUCGUCAGGGUAAUUUUUUGCCGUACAACCAAUGUGAUUAACGAAGAGCUUGCCGAAUUGACAGUACAGACUACGGUAGGGAUAAAAUUCUGACGUCAAACUCGAAAUAUUUCCCCUCUAACUGUGGUCAGUGAAUAUAUACGUUCGUACAACCGAAGAGAAUUGGAGUUGUGGAAGAACGCACUUUGAUAAAUUACUAGAAAAACGUACGAAGCUGAAACCGAGGAGAGAAGAAUUGUAUUAAAACCGUAAACAACGAAGAAACAAGGAGAGAAAAAUGGGGAAGAAGAAUAGUAAGCUGAAACAGGACACCAUCGACCGGCUGACAACGGACACAUAUUUUACGGAAAAGGAGAUCAGGCAGUGGCACAAAGGAUUCCUCAAAGAUUGCCCAAACGGUCUCCUCACAGAGCAGGGUUUCAUCAAAAUCUACAAACAAUUUUUUCCGCAAGGCGAUCCGUCCAAAUUUGCUUCUCUCGUCUUCAGAGUCUUCGACGAAAACAGUGAUGGCACCAUCGAGUUCGAAGAGUUUAUAAGAGCGCUUUCCGUGACGUCUAGAGGAAAUCUUGAUGAAAAAUUACACUGGGCAUUCCGUCUGUACGACGUCGACAACGACGGGUUCAUCACGAGGGACGAAAUGUACAACAUUGUCGAUGCGAUAUAUCAGAUGGUGGGGCAACAACCUCAGGCCGAGGAUGAAAAUACACCUCAGAAAAGAGUGGACAAGAUUUUCGAUCAAAUGGAUAAAAAUCACGACGACAAACUGACACUCGAAGAAUUCCGAGAAGGAAGCAAAGCCGACCCAAGAAUCGUCCAGGCCUUGUCCUUGGGCGGCGAAUCCCUAGGCCCUUAGAGGAAGGUGUUCAAGAUUUCACAAGCCUGCCGAAUCUUCCGAACCUCUACACUUCGGUAUUCUCAGGUAUUCAUUAUCAAUCGAUGGCCCGAGUCAAAUAGAAAUAUUCAACGAGACGAUUCCCGUAUCUUUGAUAACAUUUGGCCGUCGUCACUCAGCCCCUCGCGUACACCCAACGAAGUUACAAGUUGGAGAAAAGAGAAAAGACAAGAAGAAGAGUAAGAACAAAAUUGGACAGUUAUUCGCAUCGACGAGAUUCGGAGAGUGGACGAAUAAUUACCGGAGGAUUAUACCAGCCACCUUGCAACUCUUAUAAGGCCAGAGAAGCGAAUCGAAGGUAUAUAGUUCACUCCGAGUCCUCGUAGAUAAUUUUUUGUUUAUCCUCUCGAUCGACGUUCAUAUUAUCGCGGUUGUGCAUAAAUUGAUUAACAGUCACGAGUGGCCAACUAACUCCUCGAAACUGCUUGACAUCAAAAAACGAAAUCCGUUGAAAGACCGCUGGCUUAAGCACCAGAUGAAUCAACCUCGAACCCAACGUUCAGGAUAUCACUGUGACCUUUAAGGGAUCGAUGAACCUCGUGAGGAUCGUUGAAGAGGCAGAGAAUUUUUCAACACCCACUCCGAAGGUUCGCCUCAGGCUCCACCCAGACUAGAAAUCCCAUUUUACAAAUUAGGCGCAGAGUUUCCAAACCUGUAAACAGGAUUGUGUCUGCGAUUGAGAGCGGUGACAGCCACAGUCAUGACAACGGUCAAACCUUCAACCGCGCCCGUUAACACACGACAAGCGAUGUAAGCCCUGUCAGAAACGUCGAUGGCAACCAACGUGACGCGAUUUUCACGGAUUAGUAAUAAGCGAUGGAAAACUUGUCCUCCGGAGUGUUGGGCAGACGGAGAGAGGAUAUUGGCCAUUAGCUUUUUCGCGAUGUCGGAAAUCGCAGAUGAAGAUAUAAACGCUGCAACAUAGAUGCAUAGGGCAUGGAGUGAUAAAUUUUCGUCGGGUAAUUGAAAAAUCGUUUUUCGAUGCGUUUGAGUAGAUUUAUUUUCAUCGCGAGAGGUUCGCCGGUGAAGGGAUGAUAUCGAUAUCGUAUUAUGCUGCGUCCAUGGCUUGGAUCACACGCCCACGUACCAGGGAGCUCCCCUUUCGAUUGUAGGUAACCUCGGGCAGAUAAAUUUCGAGGGGUUUCUCCGCCCCGGUUUUUCCGUCUUUGACUCUUUGAGCUGACACGGAGCCACGGUUGGCAGUACAGUAUCGUUGGGGCGUGGGCUUUUUUCACUCCUAAGUGCACGUUCGUACCCGCUAAUGCUCAAGUGCGUUGUGCUUACGCAUUUCAGCGUGGUUGGGAGCGUGAAUAACGAUAAAUUGGAAGGAGAUCCCGAGUAUCGAUAAGCCUGCAGUGAGAAAAUAUUUCAUCCGGCACCUCGAUUUGAAUGCGGAAACUUUUACCUUUCACUCGUUAGUCAAUUCUAUUGCAAAAACAGGUGUUACUUCAUUAUUUAUUUCGGUUAAAACGAUAUCAAAUAACCCAUGUAUUCAUUCACCUACGCGCACGAUUCGAAGCUUUCGGAAAGGAGUUACGGUCAUCAAAUACGAAGGUCACAAGCGGGCAGGUUAGGAACUCCUCUUCGAAGAGAUCGGUCUUCAAGUAUCCUUCUUUCCCGCUUUGUCGACGAACAAUGAGGAACUAACCGGUACAUCGACAAUGAGAAAAGUACGAAUUUCUGCAGCAAAGAGCAAACUGGGGGGAGAACAAAGGCAGGUCGGAGCAGGAGAAGAGAUGGGACUCCGGAGUAUAACCGUCGUUUCGCAUAUUACACAGGCUAUAAAAGAUACUUAAAAAUGAUAUAACCUUUUUUCUACCUACGCACGUUGUUCCUAAAUUACGGCUUACCUGGCUAUUUGAAGAAAGUACAGUAUAAUUAAUGCCGGGAAUGCCGGUCGCAAAGAAUGUUUAACUGAAUGAAACCAUUGAGUCUUCAAGUAUUCGUCAGAAAAAUUGUUUCGCCACGACCUCAAAUUAUACCUGUGCCUAAUACGUAUUGAGUGGGAGACGCGGAGCAAAAUUGUUAUUUUGAAUAAAAUUUUCCACUUCCUUUGCGCGUGUGAUGAAAUUCUUCCACGCAAAUUCUUCAUUCUUUUUUAAUCUCCAGUUCAGAACGAACAAAAUGUGGAUAAAUUCUUGCUAUUGAAAUACUCUUGAAAAUUAAGAAGAAAUCAAAAAGAAGAGCCCUCGUAUAUACUAUCAUCCAACCUUGCGCCAACUAAUGAUCUACAGCAGCCUUACGAUAAGCCAUGCCUGAGCUAACAUCGGCAAAGUCGACGGCGGUAUAAAGUAUGCUCGGAAGAAUACUUUCCCAAAUGGUGAAAGUAAUUCGAGGGAGAAGCCGGUAACAUUCACCUCACCCCUGAACCAGAGUGGCACAUCGCAGCCGUGGCACUGCUACGCCAUCCAAGUUCCCCUCGGGACUGGAAGUUAAGACCGAGUUGCCAGUGUUACUCGAAUUACUCGAAUCAACGGAGUUUGAAGGGGGCGCAGCGCUGUUUAACUUCAACUACGCAGGAAAAGACUUUCGCAGUCUGUACAUAUCGGUAUUCGCUGUCGGAUUAUGUUCACCUAGCCGUCGCUCUGAUUGUCACUGGUCAACAGUGGUUUUCUUGCCCUUGAUAUUUUUUAGUGGUCUGUGAAAGAAUUGAUGUCGACGACCCUAGAAGUAUGCGUACUUUUUAGAUAUUGGCUCUAGUUUUUCAUUUUAUCAACAAUUUCGUACAUGACUAUUGAAAGCAUUUUUUUUUUUCUUUCAAUACCUAAAGUUUAUCAAAAAAUACCAUCAAUAGCUUUAGUUGUACUUACUUUAUUCGGACAACAGUGAAAAAAAUAUAGAAAACAUGAUACUUUGUUGUUACCCCGAUGAAAAAGAGGGUACCCCACGGGUUUAGCCAACAGGGGAGUUAUUAGGGUGUUGAAUUUUUUUUUCACACGCGCAUCAAAAUUUCGGUACUGCAUCACAAACAAAUCAUCUCAGUCAAAUAUGAUUUCUUGAUUUUUGCCAUUUUCGAUUUAAAUAGCUCGCAAAAAAAAACUAAAAAACUUUCCAAUAUUUUUCUCUCGUAAACGGUUUGACUUAUAAACUAUCUGAAUAUAGAUUCUGAUAGAAAAUUUCACGCUCCAUAAAAAAGUACCGAGAUAGAAUUUCUCCAACUCUAACCGACGAGUGUCUGAAUUUUAACCUCUGAAGCAAGUCUCUAAACGUGUUCUAUCAGUAUUUGUAUAUCUAGGUUUGGGAUUCCUUGUAGUAUGAGACAGAAGACCCGUGAGUGGUAAUGUAAGCAAGCACGGUUAGAAAAAACAUGUUCUAGCAAGUCGACUAAAAUUCUUGGGUUGACUUGACCAUUUUUUAGUGUAUGGCUAAGUGAAGAAAAAAUUAAAAAUUACAGCUUAAACGUUGAUACGACAGUUUAAACGUAAAAUUUACAAAACUGUGUAUUGUAUUCAUUAACAGAAAUGUGAAAAAUUACACAAAUAUAAAGUAGACCUGCUGGGACAUUACGUCUAAUUAAAUUUUUCCAACAGUGUAUACACAUUAAAUACAUGCAAUAUGCAAAUUGUUAUUUGUUAGAAAUAUCACCCCGCAGAAAUUGGACGAGACAGAUUUUCGAAUGAAUUCCCUCUUGUUCGUAUAAUAAUUUUACCAACUGCUGAGGCGAAAAACGUCAUUUGGCAAAGAACUCUGACAAUUAUUGCAAUAUACCAUAGGUAAAAUAUUCCGUUAGUUUAUCGUCGGUAGCAAUGGGGUUAUGAAUUUUUGAGGAUUGUUUCCGCAAGGAAUCCGGCUGGUCAAUUCAUCGGUCCAUCAGGUCAACAUAGCGUACGGCCUAAUCCUGUCGCUUAAAAAAAAACUUUCGAAGACAUUCAAAAUUGGCCUACCGAGCAUCGCGACGUUACCGGGUUAAAGCCUUCAGCGCACCUUUCCCGAUGUGCGUGAUUUUUCUAUAUCAAGUCCUGGUUGUUACGAUAUUUUACCUAUUUGAAAUAUAACUUUUAACCUAACAAUAAUAACAAUAAUAACAACAACAAUAAUAAUAAUAAUAAUAAUAAUAAUGUCGGUAGCAAUAAUUGAAUUAAAAUUGAUAAGCUAAGAAUAAGAAACAAUUUAACGCCACACGCAAGAAUCAAGCUGGCACUGCAACUUAAUUAAGUAUUUGCAAAGUCUACGUAAUAAUAUGCUAUUGGUACAAUUGUUGAAUAGUUGCAUGUCUAAGACUUACGAUGUGUGAUUUCAUAAAUGAUAAAAUGAUCCGGAGUAAAAGUAAAGUGAAUGAAAAAAAAGUCUAGUAGUAUAUAGUAAGUAAGUUUUCACUUUUUAAUAGGUACGUAAGAUGUUUCGGACAAACCGUCGUGAUCAAACCCCCGCCUGCAACACCUUUUUGACGUUAGUUAACAUUAGGAGUGGAAAAAUUGUUAUUCAAGUAGAGAAUUGAGCGUAAAAUUUAUCUGAAAGUAGAUUAGUUAGGCUAACGUUGAGCGUAGAUCGUUGGUCGGAAGGUGAAUUCGAUACGAAGUAGUAUGUCUCGUUCCUUAGAUUGAAAUAGAAGUCGUCGGUCAGAUCCAGUGGACCUGGAUCAAUAUAACACGUCAUUAAGGAUUAAUACUCAAGAUGCAAACUCUACGCGGAACGGUAAUUUCUAAACUGGCUUGCCAAAUAAUUCUAGACAACAUUUAUUAUUUUCCAUAUUAAGGUAUUAUUGGAUGUAUAUUACCAACCAAAACUGAGUCUCGGUGAGAAUAUUGAACACUUUGCGGUGAGAUGGAAAUCUGGAAAAAAUCAACAACCAAGUUGAUAAGACAAUUCGCUUAGAAUAAUGAUAAUUCCAAAAAGUUGUUGAUGAAUGGUUGCAAUAAAAAUUUGUCUCGCAAAUCUCUAGUGAAAUUUUUUAUAUUUUACAUAAAAUGAUUUCAUUGAUUUUUCUGAAUACCUAUGAAUUUUUUUGAAAUUUUCGAGGAUUUUGAAUAAUUCAACUUGCAACUUAUCAACUCGAUUAUGAUCGAUUUUGUUGAGAUUUUUAUCUUAUCGCAAAGUAAUCAAUAUUCUCACCGAGACUCACUUUUGUUUGAGAAUAUCCGCCCAAUGAUACCUUAAAGCUACGACGUGGUUAAAAUUGAAAAUCUGCAUUUCGCUAUAAGAACGAGGUUGAUACUGACAAAGAUUUUGAAGUUGUUUAAAUUCACCAUAUUUUUUUGGACAAUUCUCAUCAGUCCAAUCAAUCUAUAAAUUCAUGGCUGGUUAAAUUAUUGUUCAAACUGCAUCUACACUUGUGACUUAUAGGCGAUUGAUUGACCCUUUUUGAUCAGAAAAGAGCUAUGAGAUGAGAAAUCCCCUAGAAAUAGCGCACGAUAUAUUCUCUGUGGCAAAAACUUUGGCUGUAUUAUCGGCGAGUGAAUUAAGAGGCAUACGAGUACAUACAAUGGUGACACGUAAUUAUUACUCCUUACGUAAAUAUUGUAUUACUACUCGUAGCUACCUAUAUUUAUUGUAGAUAUGAUACUAGCUUAUACCUCCUAUGAAGAGCUAGUACGAUAAGUUGAAACAGGCGGGAAGGAAUGACAUAACUUGGACUAUUUUCUAUAAAACUAACUAAUAUACCGCGUAACAAGAUUUAUAGCUGCUUAAUUCUUGUGGCAUAGUGUGGCCGGCUGGUUCUUCGCGGUUAAUAAAUUAGGGGGAGUUUAAUUCGAUAGUACUUACUGAAUAAUUAUUGGAAAAAAAAAAAAUGCCUCUAUGCAUAAUAUAGUGUUAAGAACUUUCGUAGAAAUUAAUUCAAUUUUAUCGAGUUUUACAUUAAGAUUAUCAUGAAGCACUUCUAAAUCUUCUAACGUUUAUCACACGCGCGGUAUUCACUUAUAUAACAAUCACUGAUUGUCAGUCUGGCUGUAAAAUUUUUGACGGCAAGAAAAUUUUUGUUUUUUGUAUGCAAUUGUCUUCGCAUACCAUACAAAAUGAGCAUGUUACGACAGGCCUUUUCUCGAAUAGCUCCACCUACAUUAAUUUACACAUAUCUCCAAAAACUGCCGCCUCCAAAUCCGUGCAAGCCUCCGAGAUCUACCGUGUACGUAAAAAUAGUCGACGCGUUUUUCAACUUUCUCCAACGGUCGAAUAUUUCCCGAAUUUAAAAUUCAGAAGUUUUAAUUACCCUGCGAAGAUUCUAAUCGUAGUCCGAUUAGUCUCGCACGAAUCGAUCGCAACUCGCAAUCUCAAUGGUUAAUUUUACGUUUCGGGUAGCAGCAGCAGCAACGGCAUCUAUGGUAAGCAGUAGUGAUUCAUUCCUCGGUGAUUCUCUAGUAAUCAGCUUUUACGUGAGGUCUGACUGUAAUUUACGAGACAAUUUUGGGAAAUACAACGCCGCUGUUUCAUUGUACUUACGCCGCGUCGCCUAUUGGGUAUAUUUUCACGGAGCGCUAUAUACGCAGUAGGGGUAUGUAAUUCAUGUCUAUUAAACGUAGAAAACAGUUAUAAAUACUAUACUUGUACACCUACUAUAGUGAUAAUAAUAAUGAUAAUGAUAACGACAUAACAACAACAACAACAGCAACAACAACAACGACAAUGAUUGUUUUACAAAUGAAAUUAAUUCUUAAUCACCGUAUUUAAUAGCAAUAAUAAGAAUAAAUAUGUUGAUACCGUCGGCACCUCACCGCAGAAUGUUAAACGAUGUCGAAAAACCGCGUCUGUGACAAUAAUCCUAAUUUUAAUAAGACGUAUUCAAAUACAUGUAUUUGAUGAUCACAGUGUUAUAUUAUUGAUGAUAAUGAUAACGAUAAUGAUAAUUAUAAUGAUAAUUAUAAUGAAUAACGAUUGACGAUUACGCAAUAAUAUAGGAAGUAAAUAAUUGAGGACAUAUAGUAUAUUAUGUUGUACGCGUAUAACUGAUAUAAAAUAUUAUAAUUACAAUUAGUAUAAGAUGCAAUUCAUACGAUAGUACGACGUAUUCGAUAACGAACGAAAUUUGACGUGAACGUCUGUGCUUUGCUCGAUCCGUUGCUCCUUUUUCAAUCGUGGCUUUAUGCAAACGCACCUCAGAAUCAGACACAAUUCCACCCUCGUGAUCUUAGAGCGGCUUCUUUCGUCGCGUCGUCCCUCGAUUCAUUGUGUUUAUCGAACGGAAUAAAGGAAUGAAUAAACGAUUCCGACUAGCAUGUCGAUAAAGUAAAGCUCGGCCAACCUUUCCGUACAUAUCCAUACGUAUGUACGGCGCCGAUCUCGCUUAUCUUAUACUUUUCCUGUUUUUCUCUUACUUCUCUCCUCUCCUUCCGUCAUCGAGUAAGAUCCUUUCAGUUUUUUUCACCUCCUUCCUCGCAUCCACGACACGUGUACUGUCUUUUACGUAUAUACCUAUUUUAUCACAUGUAAACGAGUGAGCGAUGGUAUCGGACUCGCAGGAACGGCGAAAUGGCGGCGCUUCCUAAGAAAAAUUCGAGGAACAGCCGCGUGACAGCUUCGGGUGCUUUCAAAUGCAAAUAAAAUGUUACGUAGUUCCUAUCAAGAAUUUUACGAUCCCUUUUUUUCUCAUCGUUUUUAUCACCGCUCUCCUACUCACUUUCCGCUUCUCCAGCCCUCCGUGCUUUCGACCUAUACUACAUAUAUACCUAUCCGCUUUAAAAGGCGAUCCAGUGACGCUCUCAAGGAGAAAUUUGAGAACUCUCUACUUUCCUGCCGUUACUUGAGUAACGUUUCAUGACUAAAUUACAUUUCGUUGCCGAUAUUCGUUGGCACGGACAUCAUUUUUUUUGUUUCACGCGUGCACACGCAUCACGGAACCUUUCACAGGGAAGAAUCGAUCGAUCCGUGUAGAUAUUUUUCGCAAUCUCAUUUAUGAUUCUAAACAAUUGUCCGCAAACAAACAAUUGAAAGUAGAAGUUGUCGGGAGUUUUCGAAACUCAUUUUUUCUCUUGCAAGGACGACUUCGUUUACUCAACGAGAAAUCAAUGCAGGCGUGGCGGGUUCUCGAUUCGCUACGUGAUGUAAAUGGAAAGUAGAGUUUCUCCGAUGAAUUACUCGCCGAAAAUGAAAUCACUUCGAAAAUAAAUCGGUUUCCAUUUUUCCAAUACUCGAUAUUUAUAGCUUAAAGGUCUGCCAAAUUUCACCUAUACACCGUACCAUCGGGAUCGGAGUCGUAAAAAUAUCACAGAAUAAUCGCUUGCGUGAGAUGUUGAACAAAACCGAUAUUAUAUCCUUACCCCGCUGAAUCUUUAUACGUAUAAGUAUAUACAUUAAUGCAGCGCGCCUACAUAUAUACCGUACUCGUCGGAUAUUCAAGACUUGGAAAACUGUCUUGCGAGCCUGAUGCCUUAUUCUCAUACGGAAGCAGCAACGGGAAUUAUUAUUAUUAAAUUAAAAACUCGGCAGCAUUCAAAAUAUUUACCACUCGGUUGCAUUUCGGAUACAUUUAUCUGUCAUCGGUAUUGUUGAUAAUAUAAAUCCUUACUUAUUCAGAAAACUGUCGCCGCCAUCACCCUCCGCCACGCCGCGCCCCAAUACCGCGGGAAUUUAAUUGCCUCUAACACGUCGCGCAAACCGCAAACCGCAAAGUGGAUUUGGCGGGGCUCGACGGCGAUGGUUAAGCAACUAAAAUACUUAAGCGGGGUUUCCAGUUGGCUAUGUUAACUCGUUAAUAGCUAAGAAUGGGAUGAGUAAGGUUUCGCAGUUAUGCCCAAAAAUACAAGCGUAAUCGCAUAUGCUCUUGAAAGUGUUAUUAUACGUAAUUCUUACUCUUCGUUGCUGAGCCGUAAGCGGUGUUCGAAAUUGUAAUGCCCAGUGCUGGUAACACUUGAGAGUGUCACCGAGUUCUCCCGACACACUUCUAGGCUGCGGUUCAAAGCAGAAUCAGAGUCGACAAGGACUCGAGUACUUGACAUUUUCAAUUUUGGGUAUGAUCCUCACACGUACUUCCACCUUACACAUGCUUACGAGAUAGGUGGAGCACAUUCAUAAUUAUACACUAUGCGUACAUGACGGUUAUAAUAAUUAACGGUCCAGCGUGAAAUAGUUUGAUUUAUCGUACUGUGUAUUUUUAUCUGUAUCGAAAGAUCGUUGUUGUUGUCGUUGUUGUUUUUAUUAUUAUUCCUAAGUAUAACAUUAAUUUUUCUUUUAUCAUCAUCCUCGUCGUUUUAUUAACAACGUUUUGUUUCAUGAACUUUCUGUGAUAAUUAUUAACAAUCAAUAUUACAAGAAAAAUGAGUGAAACGCAAUAAGAAAUCAUGAAGUAAAUUAAAUAAUAAUAAUAUAAUUGGAAAAUAUAAUAUAAAAAGAACUUAAGAAAAAAAAAAAAAAACGGAAACUAAAAUAUGAAAAGAAAGAAGAGAAAAAUUUUGCCGUGUCUUGCUAGAAUUAAUAAUAAUUAUUAUAGUUUGUAUCGUAAUAAAAGCUGAUCUGUUGAAUGUUACGCCUUAUAAUGUAUACCUAUGUUGACGUUGUCCGUUCUCAAAGAAAUUAAUAAACGCAUAAUAUAUUGUUAUUUUGUAUGAUCGGUAAUCUGUUUUUUAAACGAUACGAUAUCGAGAUUAUAUGCCCAAUUGAACAUUAAAUAAAUGAAA